AUGCUUUUCAGUCGCCUCCUCGGCGUGGCCGCGCUCUCUGCCGUCGUCAAGGCUGUUGAGUUAUCGGGAUAUGAAUACGUUGUGGUUGGCUCUGGUGCAGGAGGUGGUCCCCUCGCCGCACGACUCGCUUUGGCAGGUCAUAGCACACUUCUCAUUGAAGCCGGAGAUGACCAGGGAGCCAAUCUGAACUAUACGGUCCCCGCCUUCUCCGCGAAGGCUUCCGAGGACGAAGCUCUGGCAUGGAACUUCUAUGUCAAGCACUACGCUGAUGAAUCUCGUCAGAAGCUUGACUUCAAGACAACGUAUGAAACUCCUGAUGGAAAGGAAUACACUGGUCUCAACCCCCCGGUGGGUUCCAAAAUGAAGGGCACACUUUAUCCCCGCACUGGCACCCUCGGUGGUUGCACCGCACACAAUGCUCUCGUCACCGUCUAUCCUCACGACUCGGAUUUUGAAUACCUCGCUACCCUCACCGGAGAUGGUUCUUGGUCACCUAAAAACAUGCGCAAGUACUUCAAGCGCAUGGAAAACAACAAAUAUCUACUCCCGUUGCUCAAGGGCCAUGGCUACGACGGUUGGCUGGGCACCGAGACUGCACCAUUGGACAUUGUGCUCAAAGAUCCCCAACUUCUCAGCUUACUGCUAGGUGGAGCCUUCUCUCUUGGAAAUGUGACUCACUCCAUUUUCAAUAUCGGCACACUGCUAGCUGGAGAUGCAAACUCCGAUUCCAAGCACCGCGAUACCUCACCUGGAUACUAUCAAGUUCCUCUCGCCUCUGAUGGGGCUUCUCGUAACGGCCCCCGCGAGUUCGUGACCACUGUCAGGGAUGCCAAGAAUGCCGACGGAACCAAGAGGUUCCCCCUCGAUAUCCGCAUGAAUUGCCAUGUGACCAAGAUCACCUUCGACGAGUCUGUUAACCCACCUCGCGCUACAGGCGUUGAAUUCUUGGAUGGCCAGUAUCUUUACAGCGCUAGCCCCCGGUCCAAGACUGCUGGUAAGGGAAAGCCCGGUUCGGCAACAGCCUCCCGCGAAGUCAUCGUCUCUGGCGGAGCUUACAACUCGCCUCAGAUUCUCAAGCUGAGUGGUAUCGGACCCGCAGAGGAGCUCCAAAACUUCGGAAUCAAGGUAAUUGCCAACCUUCCUGGUGUUGGCACCAACUUGCAAGACCACUAUGAGACUGUGGUGCAAGGCCACACACCGAAAGAUCUUGCCUCGUUCGAUGGAUGCACAUUCAACAACGGUGAUGAUCCUUGCCUUGACCGUUGGGAGAAACCGGUUCUGGGUAACCGCGGUAUCUACUCUUCCAAUGGAUUUGCAGCUGCCAUGCUGUACAAGAGUACCGUGACUGCGGAUAAUGGCUACGACGUCUUCGUAUUCGGUGGACCUAUCAACUUCCGUGGAUACUACCCCGGAUACGGCGUGAACAUCACCGAGCGCCACGACUGGUUCUCCUGGGCAGUUCUGAAGGCUCACCCACGUAACACCGCUGGUUCCGUCAUGCUCCGCUCUGCUGAUCCCCUUGAUAUGCCUGAGAUUGUCUUCAACUACUUUGACACCGGCUCCGGGGACUACGGAAAGGAUUUGCAGGCCAUCACUGAGGGUAUUCACUUGGCACGUGGUGCCUUUGACCGCCAGGUAGUCGAUAUUGACGAAGUCCUCCCCGGCGGUGAUGUCCAGACUGAUAAGGAAAUCCACGAUUAUAUCAAGAACACUGCUUGGGGUCACCACGCUUCUUGCACUUGCCCUAUCGGACCUGAUGGCGAUCCUUUCGCUGUCUUGGAUUCCGACUUCCAAGUACGUGGUGUCUCUGGCCUGCGUGUUGUGGAUGCCUCCGUGUAUCCCCGCAUCCCUGGAACGUUCACGGCUGUUUCGACUUUCUUGGUGGGCGAGAAGGCUGCGGAUGUGAUUUUGCAGGCAGCGAAAGCUAGCGAGUAA